GGGGGGACAGAAAGGGCAGCAGCAUUCAGGUAGCAGGGACACCCGUCGCCACAACCUCACCCACGCCCGCGCCCACACACACGCCCACCACACCAGAGGCACGCCCGCACGCCCCAGAAUGGAGUGACGGGCCGACAGUGUUUAAAAGGCUCGGGGGAGAGGCGGAGCGGGCAGCAUGCUGGGCGCCGUCAGGGAAUGGCUGACACAAUGCCGGGAGUCUCGAAAGCUCAUUCUGGUCAUUGUGGCUAUUGCUCUCCUUCUCGACAACAUGCUUCUCACCACCGUCGUGCCCAUCAUCCCCAAAUACCUUUACAUGAUGCGGCACCCGAACUCCACCGAUCCGGACCCCCCUGACACCCCCCCACCGCCCAUCACCACCACACCCCCGCCCCCUCCCACCACCACCACCACCCUGGUCGCCGCCAUCGGUCACUCCCAUGCCAGAGAAGGAUCCGGCCGCUGUUAUUGCCCAGAGGAGGGGGGAGUGGGGGUAAGAGGCCCCUCCCCCCUCUCUUCCACCCUACCCCUUCGAUACAGGCCAAACAGAGGAGGAGGCCAGAAACAACCCCGCUAUGGAAUUCCUGCAGAACACCACGUCUAUUGCCAACAAGCCCGCCUCUCCCCCGCCCCCGCUGACCUCGGCCGCCCCCACCCCGGCAAGACGGAGGCCAGUCGGAGGGCACAAAAUGAACCAUGAGGAUUUGGUCAACGAAAAUGUAGAGGUUGGCUUGCUGUUUUGCUCCAAGGCGGUGGUGCAGCUGCUCACCAACCCUUUCAUUGGACCUCUCACUCACAGGAUUGGCUACAGUCUCCCUAUGUUUGCUGGAUUUGUGAUCAUGUUUCUCUCCACCCUGAUCUUCGCUUUCGGACGGAGCUACCUUGUCCUGUUCAUCGCUCGUGCUGUUCAGGGCAUUGGUUCCUCUUGUUCUUCUGUGUCAGGCAUGGGCAUGUUGGCAGAGCGGUACCCUGACGACAAGGAGCGCGGCAACGCCAUGGGCAUAGCUUUGGGGGGCCUCGCGUUGGGCGUGCUGAUUGGUCCUCCCUUCGGUGGCAUCAUGUUUCAGUUCGUUGGCAAGACAGCGCCCUUCCUCAUCCUGGCCGUGCUGGCGCUGGGAGAUGGAUUGCUGCAGCUUCUGGUGUUGCAGCCUGCCAUCACCAAGCAGCAGGAGGAGGCGCCCACACUGAUGCAGCUCAUUAGUGACCCAUACAUCGUCAUCGCUGCCGGCGCUAUAACCUUCGCUAACAUGGGGAUCGGCAUGCUGGAGCCCUCCCUGCCCCUAUGGAUGAUGGACACGAUGGAUGCAGAGGAGUGGCAGCUGGGUAUUGUGUUCAUCCCAGCGUCUGUGUCUUACCUGAUCGGCACCAACCUGUUCGGCCCGCUUGGUCACCUGAUGGGGCGCUGGCUGGCCUCUCUCCUUGGGCUCUUCAUCAUCGGCAUCUGUCUUAUGAGUAUCCCCAGCGCCACGACCAUCAAUCACCUGAUCGCGCCAAAUGCCGGAUUGGGCUUCGCUAUCGGCAUGGUGGACUCGUCAAUGAUGCCAGAGUUGGGAUACCUCGUCGAUCUGCGUCAUUCUGCUGUCUAUGGUUCAGUGUACUCCAUCGGUGACGUCGCCUUUUGUCUUGGCUUCGCUAUUGGCCCCGCUCUGUCCGGCACACUGGUCCAGACGUUCGGAUUUAAAUGGAUGUUGUACGGAAUAGCUAUCAUUAACUUCUUGUACGCGCCCUUCAUGUACUGCCUGAAGUCCCCGCCAGCCAGAGAGGGCGAGCAGCAGGGUCUAAUAUACGGGGAGAAGUCAUCUGUCCGUUACGUCACUUACAAAAAUGAGGAUGAGGAGUGAAAAAGCCAAACCUGAAGAAACCUGAAGACAAAGAGAAACUCCACUUAGUAAGACAAGACAAUGAUAACCCGCACGAUAAGACAAGACCAGACGCCAUUAACACCACAAGAAGGUAAACAAGAAUAGAUAGAAUAAUAAGAGGAUAUCAGUAAGAAUAAGAAUAAGAGGAGAACAAUUAGAAAAUGCGCCCUUAGUUAGACAAGAAGAUAAAGAAGAAUAGGAAGAAUAACAAGAGAAACAUCAACAUUAAAAACAGUAACAAAAACAAGACGCCCAACAGCAACAACAACAACAACAACAGCAACAACAACAACAACAGGAGGAGGAGAAGGAGGAAGAAGAAGAAAAAAUACAAGAAAAAAAAAGGCUUACUUUUCAAAAUGAGAAGUAUGUACGUUUGUCUGUUUGUUUGUUUCGUUUCUUCAUUGCGAAAAGACAAAUAUUGGUUCUAAUUUUUACGAAAGUUUAACAAAAAAAAUAGUAGAAAAUUUAAGUUCGUGAAUGGAAUAUUACGAGUUGGAAGUGAAAUAUUAAUGAAAAAAGUAAUAAUUAACAGCAAAAUGGUUGAAAUGUAGCGGGUUUUUUUUUUUUUUUGAAACUGAUAAACAAAAAAAAACCGAAAUUAAACAAGGAAUAAAAUAACCAUAAUAAAUGAUAAUAAU